GAGGCCGAGGGGCGUGACGGAGCGAUUGUUGUGGCCUGAGCCCUGCGUGCCCUGCGCGCUGAGGACUCUUUGCGUCUGCGUAGUGCGCCCAGCUCCCUUUCUGCCUCCGCUGCGGCCAUGGCGCCUGUGAAAAAGCUUGUGGCGAAGGGGGGCAAAAAAAAGAAGCAGGUUCUGAAGUUUACUCUUGACUGCACCCAUCCUGUAGAAGAUGGAAUCAUGGAUGCUGCCAAUUUUGAGCAGUUUCUUCAGGAGAGAAUCAAAGUGAACGGAAAAGCCGGCAAUCUUGGAGGAGGGGUUGUAACCAUUGAAAGGAGCAAGAGCAAGAUUACCGUCACUUCUGAGGUGCCUUUUUCCAAAAGAUGUGGAAUGGAUAAAACUGACGGCCUCAUAAGCAAAUGGGAGAGAAGAAACGAGAUUGUAGGCUUUCCGAGUUGGGUUGCUGAGCACAGAAGCCAGUCACUGCCGCAUAUACACAGUAUUUGAAAUAUCUCACCAAAAAAUAUUUGAAGAAGAAUAAUCUACGUGAUUGGUUGCGUGUAGUUGCUAACAGCAAAGAGAGUUACGAGUUACGUUACUUCCAGAUUAAUCAAGAUGAAGAGGAGGAGGAAGAUGAGGAUUAAAACUGAUUUAUCUGGAAUAUUUUGUAUGAGUUCUUGAAUAAAACUUGGGAACCAAA